AUGGCCGAGGAAGCAGAGUAUUUGUGGGAAAAUACAGGUCAAAGGCUUCAAGCUACUGGUACUGCAAUCACUUGGGAAAAUUUCAAAAUUGAGUUCCUUGAGAAGUACUUUCCUGCUGAUGUCUGUAACAAGAAGGACAUCGAGUUCCUUGAGCUGAAGCAAGGAAACACGACAAUUGUUGAUCAUGCUACAAAGUUUAAGGAGUUAUCUAGAUUUUUCCCAUAUCACAAUGGGAUAGUCGUGCUAGAUAUGCUCAUUAUAAGACUAUUAAUGAGAAGAAAAGUAAAUCAAAAUCAUGGAAAACCUUAUGAGGCUCCAACUGAUAAAGGGAAGUGGAAGGCUUCAGAUGGGAAAGAGACAAGUGAGGGAGGCAUUAUUGCUUCUAUAAGAUAUUUUAGUGGUGGAUGGUGCCAGAAACCAAAGGAAGUUCAUUGCGGAGGGAAAGUUUUUGCCUUGAGUGGAGCAGAGAUUACUAGAUUUGAUAACUUGAUUCGAGUGUCUUAUAUGGUUGGAAGUAUGGUCAUUGAUACCCCAACUAAUGGUUCGGUGACUACUUCGUGGAUUUGCUUGAAUUUCACUUUGACUAUUUAUGGAGUGAAAUGGUUGGAGUUCAAUCGUGCUCAUGUCAACUAUUUCGACAAGUUCGUAUUAUUUCUAGAGUUUGAAGAAGGUGAAGAUUUGAUGUUUAUGUCUGCUAAUAAAAUGGAGGAGUUCUUGAAGAAUGAUGCUCAGGUGUUUAUAACGUUCUCUUCUUUGAAGGUUGAAACAAAAGUUGUGCUUGGUGAUCUACUAGUUGUGUGUGAAUUUCCAGAGGUGUUUCCUGAUGAUAUUAACGAUUUGCCACCAGAGCACAAGUUUGUGUUCUCAAUAGACUUAGUACCUGGUACUAGUCAUGUAGCACCAAUGUUGUUGGUUAAAAAGAGAGAUGGUAUCAUGAGAUUGUGUGUUGAUUAUCGAAAACUGAAUAAGAUUACUAUCAAGAAUAAGUAUCCUCUUCCGAGAAUUGAUUAUCUGAUGGAUUAG